AUAGGGCCCUACAUCAUGCAGUGCCUCGACCAAUCAGAGCGGGCUGUUGAGGAUGCGGUUGUCAUGGUUACCGUGUUACUGUCUUCCACAGGCACUAAUAACGCGCGUCUGGCGGCGAUGCUCAGGCAGCUGGCGCAGUAUCACGCCAAAGACCCCAACAACCUGUUCAUGGUUCGACUCGCUCAGGGUCUCACUCAUCUGGGGAAAGGCACACUGACGCUCUGCCCAUAUCACAGUGACCGGCAGCUCAUGAGUCAGGUGGCUGUAGCUGGACUCCUCACGGUCCUCGUGUCCUUCCUGGACGUCAAGAACAUAAUCCUGGGGAAGUCUCACUAUGUUCUGUACGGGUUGGUGGCGGCGAUGCAGCCUCGGAUGCUGGUCACCAUUUGACGAGGAGCUCAGACCGCUGGCCAGUGUCUGUGCGAGUGGGACAGGCUGUAGAUGUGGUGGGUCAGGCCGGGAAGCCCAAAGCCAUCACAGGUUUCCAGACUCACACCACACCAGUGCUGCUGGCUCACGGUGAGAGAGCAGAGCUGGCCACAGAGGAGUACAUCCCCGUCACACCCAUCCUGGAGGGCUUCGUCAUCCUGCGCAAAAACCCCAGCUACGACGCUUAGCCGCUCACACACACCUGUACUAUAUUUAAACAACCUCGUCUCCUCGUUUUGUAAUUAGAGCAUGAAAUGAGUGUGAGUUUAUCAUCCUGCUAAACAGUUUUUGC